AUGCAGCAGCUCAUCGAUGCCCCCCAUUUCGGUCGUCUGCAGCGGACUACAGCCUCGGCUACGACAGUUGAAGCGGAGCCGGGCCCUGACCUUCUCGCCUACCGUCCAGCCGAUCUGCAUCCCUUCAAGGCUGUCGCACAUGCUACGCCCUCGAACGUGGCGCUUCUACAAGCCUACCCCAGCCUAGCAGCUGAGCCGUGCGCCUCCUCGCGCUUCGUUCGGCCGAUCUGCCUCCCGAGUUCCGACAGCGUGUACGAAUGCUGGAGCUUGCACCGCGAGGAUGUUCGGAUGGGCUCGGAUCGUCCAGACCCCGGCGGUCCGGCCCAACGUCUUGCAGAAACUCGAUGCGAUCGUCCUUCCCAGGGAGGCUUGCAUCGCAACGUCGGUGUCAAAUGCGCGAAGGGUGUCUCGUCGGGGACUGGAGCCUGGAGUCAAUUCGUGUUGGCUGCCACCAACAGUGUCUUCAAGCACAAGGGUAGCCUCAAUCCCAAAGCCAGCAACAUGAAGUUUCUCUUCGUCCUCCUCGCGCUCUGCGUUUUUGCUCAUGCAAAUCCUAUCAGCGAAAAGGGAUGUUCGGGCUCGAUGCCGUGCUGCUGCGGCUCAGGUGCGGACUGCAACUUCUGCCAUACUCUCUGUUGUGCAAUCGAUCACAACGUCCAGAGUGUUUGCCCAUUGGGAGGUGGUUCUUGCCAAUGCAACUUCCACGGCUGCCUGAGUGAGUCUCGCCUCGUGUAUGCGUACGCGUCUGAUCAUGUGCUUUCAUAUCGUGUUGCCAACGCAGGUGAUUGUUACCAGGUGGACUCGCCCCUUGCCGUUGAAAAAUUAGGCAGGAACCAUUCAUCUGGAAGAGAAACGGUGCAAUUACCCCCAAGCCAGAGUCAAGCAGCGGACUACAGCCUCGGCUACGACAUCGCUGUGUCGAAGCCGAGCCGGGCCCUGACCUUCUCGCCCACCGUCCAGCCGAUCUGCAUCCCGAGUUCCGACAGCGUGUACGAUGCGGGAGCUUGCACCGCGAAGAUGUUCGGAUGGGGUCGGAUCGUCCAGACCCCGUCGGUCCUGCCCAACGUCUUGCAGAAACUGGAUGCGAUCGUCCUUCCGAAAANCGAGAGACAGGAUGAUUGCGUUCCCACGCAUGUAUACGUUGUCAGAUCUCCAGGCCUAUAA